GUUCAUUACUUCAUUAUUUUGCACGGCAAAGCAAUAUUUAUCCAACCGUACCUCAUCCAUCGAUCUAGAUUGCCCAUGAUUCAACGGCCCAGAUUGCUUCCAUGUGUGUCACGUGCUCAUCUACCUUUAAAAAGACAUCCCAUUAUAAGUCUGGUUUUAAUUCACUUCACAGCUUAACAGCUAUCAUCUGUUUUCUGUCACCUCCAUUCAUGGCAGGAGGUCUCUCCCACUUCCAUGGAAGACCAAGCUUCCUCACUAUCUCCAGAUCAAAUCCUAGCCGUCCAUCAUUAUGCCACAGACCCAUUACCAUCAACAUGACCCAGACCCAGACCCAAAGCCAAACCCAGUCUUACUGGACCUCCAUUGAAGCUGACAUCGCCGCUCAUUUGAAGAGAGCCAUUCCGAUCAGGCCACCGGUGUCGGUCUUCGAGCCCAUGCAUUACCUCACCUUCGCAGCGCCGAGAAUCACCGCAUCGGCCUUGUGUAUCGCGGCGUGUGAGCUCGUCGGCGGCGACAGAGACCAAGCCAUGGCUGCAGCCUCCGCCUUGCACCUCAUGCACGCCGCAGCAUACACCCACGAGCACCUCCCGUUAACUGACCGGAUCCGACCCAAACCAGCAAUCCACCACGCCUACAGCCCGAAUGUAGAGCUCCUCACCGGAGACGGAAUUAUACCAUUUGGGUUAGAGUUACUGGCCAAAUCAAUAGUGAAAAACGGAUCAAAUUCAGAUCGAAUUUUGAGGGUCAUCGUGGAGAUCACCCGGGCUGUUGGGUCAGAAGGGGUGGUAGAUGGGCAGUACAAAGAGUUUCUAUGCAGCCAAUCGAAAGGUGAGGAAUCAUGGAAUUUAGGAGAUAUAGAGUAUGUUUGCAAGAAAAAAGAAGGAGGGCUAUAUGCAUGUGGGGCCGCAUGUGGGGCAAUACUAGGAGGUGGGAGUGAGGAAGAGGUACAGAAGCUGAGAAAAUAUGGGCUGUAUGUGGGAAUGAUAGAGGGGAUGUUGUAUGGAGUGGGAAGAAAUAAGAAGGGAAUGGAAGGAGAAGUUGAGAAAUUGAGAGGAUUGGCUACGAAGGAAUUGGAGAUUUUUAAUGGUAGAAAAAUUGAGAAAAUUUGUAGCCUUGUUCAGGCUGGUCUUUGCAGUGUUUAAAGGCAUAGAGCCGAAGUCCUAUCAAAUGGUUGGAACCCUCCACGAUGAAGUGACAUGUUGGUGAUUCGAGUUUUUCUCGCCCUCCCCUUCCCUGCAGUGGAAAAAUAUCAUUGCUUGUUAAAAAUAAAAAUAAAAAGUAGUUUUUUUUUUUGGUAGCAAGGGAAGAGAGAGAAGGGUUUGUAUGGAGAAAAAAACACAAGGGACAGGUCAUGAAAGUGAUUUUAUUGUCUUUUUAAAUUAUAUUAUCAGAGAAUAUAUGGCUACAAACACAGUAGCUAGAUCAUAGGAAGAUGUUUGGCA